AAAAGAUAUUCAUUGUAACCUCCUGUGUUGAUGCAUGGUCUUUUUAUGGCAUGGCCAAAAAUUCGCCGGUUAAUGGCUCCAUAAAUUUUAUUAAACAAUGGCAACCAUAUUUUUUGGAUUUCGCUGCAAAGCUAAACUUGUACACACCAGUCUUUUUAGAAAUUAUGUAACAAUUGCUAAAAGAGAAUUAGAAGUACCAACAUUUUGUGAUGUGCAUAUAAAUUUGCCAUAUAAUUUAGUGGUGAAACCCCUAAAUAUUCACAAAUAUCACAAUCUCGAUAAGCUGAUAAUUCAAGUUCAUCCAAGCAUAGAACAGAAUGUAGAGCAUGAUAUUGAUGGAAAUCAAGUAAAAAUAUUUAACAAUAAGGAAGUAAGUCACGAUAUUCCAAAUGAUAUAUUUUGCAGUGUUAAAGCACCAGUUAAAGCCAAUGUCUAUGUUAACUCAGAAAAAGAUAUUAGCAUUGGCUAUUUUCAUGGUGACAAAUUGCAUCUAAACACUAAUGAAGGCAAUAUAUUUAUUGAUAAGUUUCAAGGAACGUCUGUAAAUUUGAAAACUAACAACGGCAACAUACGUCUCAAGGAAUUUAUACAAGCUUCGACGAUAACUGCGGAAAUACUUAAUAGUGGUUCCAUAAGCAGUGGAAGACUCCAGGGUUUAGACCUCAAACUUAAAACUAAUAAAGGAAAUAUUUCCGUCGAAUCUGCAUAUUCUUAUAAAAGUUUGUUCGAAGUUGGAAACGGUAAUCUUGAUCUUCACAAUAUUCAUAAGACGUGUACAAUUUUGCUUAAGAAGGGGUAUAUGUACUUGGCUGGUUUCGAUGGUGGUCUCGACGCACUUAUAGAAAAUGGUCACGCUGAUAUCCAAUUAGCCAGAGUGACUAAAGACUCGGAAAUAAACCUCCAGAAUGGUGCUCUAAACCUUAAACUAGCCGAUGCUUGCCAAGAUUACGUCCAAUUCAAGAUUCAGGCUAAAGACUGUGAUGUAGCUGAAAAUAUCAAAUCAACGAUAAACAGACUUGGAGAUGUCAUAAUUUUGACACCGGAUAUUAAUGAAGAUAAUACGGUUUCCGUCAGUUGUGUCAAUGGUGCAGUAAACGUUGAAAGCGCUUCCUGGCAAGAUAUGAUUAAGCUUAAAUUGAAGAAAUAAUUUAUUUGUAACGUUCUUCCAAAUUUAAUAUUAUAUUAUUUUUAAUUAUGAAUUUGCUGAACAUCUCAUUUAUUUAUAAGUAGUAUAGUUUAUUGAAUUUACAAGUAUAGGUCUUGUAUUUUAUGUGAAAUAAGACUGUCGAACGGGUUUACCAACUAUAAGGAUCUUAAUGGAGAAUUAAACUGAUGUAUAUUAUACAUACAAUUUUUUUUAUGUA